UAUGCACGCACACAUUCAUGGCUGUGAUUGUAUUGCUUGUACUUCAUAAAUAUUUUUCGCCUACGACAGCCAUGCAGGAGACAUCCUGUGCUAGAUUUUUAACUAAAUAAGUAGUUAUAAAAAAAUACAAAUUAUGGAGCAGGCUAAAUCUACUUCACCUAAACUUUUUAUGUGCACCGCUAUAGAAAACAAGGAUGAAAUUGAAGAGAGAUACGAGAGAGCCUACAACUUCUUCCAAUCACUCGUAGCGGACUGCAGUGAAAAGGAAACGCACGAUGCACUCAACAAUGCGGUUUGCAAAAAUCAUGAAGAAGUGUCCCUUGGGAUGCUGAUGUCCAUAUUGACGGAGCCCCACAACGCUACGAAGUGCUACCGCGAUCUAACGCUAGUGACCCGCGACGGACUCACGUGUGUGCUCAAUAAUCUAUCUAAUUUGAUUCUGGAAAGGUAUUUAAAGUUUCAAGAUACUACUCGAAAUCAAUUACUAUGGUUGGUGAAAGAAAUGAUACGGAAUUCCGUUACUGGAAUAGACAGCGUUUGCUGGAACUUAAUGCGAUAUGCAUCAGGGGGUGAUAUUACCCCAAAGAACAUAUUCUUAGUAGAAUCUCUAUUGGAUAUUUACAUUGAGAAUAGAGCAUGGCUAGACAAAUUUCCUGUACUUAUUUGUAUGGUGGUGUACACAUAUUUACGAUUAAUAGAGGACCACAAUAUUCCACAACUCAUGGUCUUGAGGCAGAAAGAAGUCAACUUUGUAAUUUCUCUAAUAAGAGAAAGAUUUGCUGAUGUUUUGACGUUGGGGCGAGAUAUGAUCCGAUUGCUGCAGAAUGUGGCUCGCAUUCCAGAAUUUAACCAACUAUGGCAGGACAUACUAACAAAUCCAAAAUCUCUGUGUCCCACUUUUACUCAUGUCUUACAAAUUCUACAAACAAGGACCUCCAGAAGGUAUCUACAGUCCAGGUUAACACCGGACAUGGAAAGGAAAUUAGUAUUCCUUACAUCUCAAGUAAGAUUUGGUCAUCAUAAGAGGUAUCAGGAGUGGUUUCAAAGACAGUACCUAGCUACGCCAGAAUCACAAUCAUUACGGAGUGACAUGAUACGAUUCAUUGUUGGUGUGAUACAUCCAACAAAUGAACUUCUUUGCUCAGACAUCAUUCCAAGAUGGGCUGUAAUUGGAUGGCUAUUAACAACCUGCACCUCUAAUGUUGCUGCUUCCAAUGCCAAAUUAGCUCUAUUCUAUGAUUGGUUAUUUUAUGAUCCAGAAAAGGACAAUAUCAUGAACAUAGAACCUGCAAUAUUAGUAAUGCACCACUCUAUGAGAUCACACCCAGCCGUCACUGCCACUUUAUUAGACUUUUUAUGUCGAAUAAUCCCUAACUUCUAUCCGCCUUUUGCUGACAAAGUUAAGCAAGGAAUAUAUAGUUCCCUUCAGCAGAUCAUAGAAAAGAGAGUGCUGCCUAAUCUUCAACCAUUGUUUGAUUCUCCUAAGUUGGAUAGAGAAUUGCGAACAACAGUGAGAGAGACAUUUAAAGAGUUCUGCAGCAAUGGUAAUGGAGAAGGUGCCUCCGGGGUGCUGGCGGAGAGUAACGAGGAGAUGCCUAGAGGUCCGGAUGAGCCCGCAUUCUCAGAUGAUGAAGAAGACCCAUUACCAAUUAUAGCUGAAGAUACCGAUGAUGACGACUUACCUUUGUCUGAAGUACGUGCGCGCGAAAGACCUGAAUUAGCCGCUGCUUUGCCUUUGACGCUGCGGCCUUUAGCGGAGACUCUUCUGGACGACCGCUCCGCCGCCGCCGCGACCGCUCUGCUCAACGCUUGCAGCACAUCAAUGCCAACAGCUACAGCUCUAGCUGAUCUAUUCACAGCUGCGAGCCAGGAGGCGCCACCGUUGAAAAUCAGCGCAGACCCUACUCCAGCUGAACUAGAGAUACAAGUUAACACGCCUAUUUUCGCCAUGUUCAACUUCCUUUCCAAAGGCAGUGAGGGAGGCGAGACUAAACGCAAACUAAUACUUGAGACAAUCAAAGAGAUUCGCGCUCAGAACGCAUUUCACGGAGUUGGAUACAGUCUUUUAUUUUACUUAAAGGUAUGCUUCGAGCGCGACCGGCGCGCCGAACAAGACCUCGGGAAAAGGAGAAACGUGAAAUUCAAGUCAGAAAUUUACCGAGAUUAUUGUAGUUACUUGGAGCUUAAGAUUGGCGAUAGUUUGGCGGAUGAUUUUGAGAAAUGUCAAGAAUGCGACGCUAACGCUCUAGUGUGGUUGAUACCGGACGUGUACAGAGAAUUUAAAGAUCAGGCUCAAAACCACAUUAAGUUAUUGCAUGUGAUAGUUUCCACUUUAGACGCUGGGCAAUUACAGCGCCUCGUAUGUCUAACAUUGCAGAACAAUUUGAUGAUGUUUAAGUCAGAUGACAUCACGAUGAUGCUAUCUACAAGUUUGGGGUGGGAGACAUUUGAACAGUAUUGUCUGUGGCAACUUUUGACUGCUCACGACAUCUCCCUUGAAGAUGUUUUGCCAAUAAUUCCGAAGUUGUCUUAUAAGGAUCAUGCGGAAGCAUUGACAUCCGUUUUACUAAUGUUAAAGCAAGGAAAGCCGAGCGCAGAUGUGCUGAGACAACUAUUCUGUAGGGCGGUGCAACAGGAAGACACGUUUGUUGUGUCAACACUGUUGUAUUGGUGUCAAGAUUAUGAGGAUAAGGUUGGGGAUUUGGUAGCGGUGUUGUUGAGCACGCGAUAUCCAGGAACAAGCCCCAACAAGAGAAAACGACCUGGGAAACACAGCAUUCCGCCGAAUGCCCCUCCUUCUGCUGAACUGGUGCUUGGACAUCUUGAGCAGAUGAGAGUGAACUGCGUUGAACAAGAUGAUAUGUCAAUUUUUAAUAUGGAAUGUAUGCAGAAAUCACUGCAGUUAGCUCAGUCGAAUAGUAGUGAUAGUAUAAGGAGACAGUACAGUGAUUUAUUUCUACUGGCUUGGGAAGACGAGUUGCCAAUCUCCAGACGCGCUAGGAAGCUAGUCUCCAAUUCACUGCCACUAGCACUAAGCACUAGCUUGCAUUCUUCCAAUGAUGAUAGUGAGGAAGAAGAGAUAGUGAAGCCCAAACAGGCGAAACGACGGAAGAAGGCUAUCUCCGACAGCGAUUGACAUAUCUGGCGUAAAAUGGUAACUUAAAACACCAAAGUGCAACUCAACAAUACAAUAAAUAUUAUGUGUAAUAAAUAUACAUGAUUACGUUCGUUACCUUAUGUUAUCAUCCGGGUACAGUUCUAAGAAUUGUUACCUUUAGUUUUUUAUUAGUUUUGCCUUAAGUAAUUGUACAUUAAAUCCACACUUAAUAUACUCAUGGUUGUUGGAGUUCUUAAUGCUGUUGUUAGGCCGGUUUUAGUUUUCAAACAUUUGCCAAAAGUGUAUUUCUCCUUUAAAAAUGCAGGUUCCCCCGCCAUAAUAACUAGCAUUAUGAUAAAUCGGUUUCUAUAUCCGAGAUACUACAAUGAUAAUUAAGACUAGACUAUAGGAGCGUUUCUUUUAUUUCUUGCCAUUUUUAUUUAUUGUGACAUUUUUUGCCACUUUUUUGUAUUAUUUCUACUCAGAAUCACGAGCUCUUUCGAUCCUAAUGGGAUAAAAAAAUGUCCCAGAGUUUUUUUCCUAUUGUGUUACCAUUUCCCCAUACACUUUGUAUGGCGGUAACAAAAAGGAAAGUUUGAAAAAUUUAUGGUAAUUUUAGGACACUUUUUUUCUCCUAUAAGGAUGAAAAGGGCUCGCGAUCCUGACUAGAAAUAACACAAAAGUGGCAAAAAACGGUCACAAUACCUAUAUAAAAUGCCAAAAUAUAAAAAAAGGCUCAUAGUAGUCUGGCAGAGCUCAAAAAUGACCCCACGUGUAUUGUACAGUUAUUAUUAGGGGGUAUAUUUGUGGCGACGCCCGUGCCGUUUCGCAGUCCCCUGCACUAAUUGAAUCUCAUUGAAAAAGAAGUGAAAGUACAAAUUUUCAAAAACAUUAACACGAUUUCCAAGUUUUCUGAUACCUGUUUACGGUUCCCUCAAAAGGCAAAAACAGAACAAAGUGACAGCUUAAACUCAUUAAUUACUACCUACCACAAGUUCAGAGCCAUCGUGAACAGUAGGUACUGUUACGCAUCACUAUGCCGACCUACUCGCAACACACCGUAUUUUCCAGCCGCACAUAUUAUAAACCUAAUGACACAUAGACCUAGAAUUACAUAGACGAGCUAUACGCGUGCCUCCGUGAGGGACAAAACAUACGCAAAGCGACAAUAUUAUAAACACGUUUUAACAUUCCUGACAACAUACCAAAAACAAUCUACGUAAUUCGGUCGGGUUAUUUGUUGCCCGCCAUAAACCAUACUAAAUGUUUGGUGGGGAACAAACAAAAAGUGAGACUGUGACAAGGAAAACCAAUAAUACCGCUUUCUCUGCUACUCCUACUGAAAUUUCCAUAGGUGCAUCUCGUUCGGUCGUUUGGCCCCUCCCCCGUGUCAUCUCUAUGUUAUUGUACCUCUACCUAUGUAAUGACAAAACUCCGAAGCAUGUUUGAGAAAUAAGUUUAAACGUGAGUCAAGACAACGCAUUUUUGAGUACCUGAGCCAUGAGUUGAAGAGGCAAUAUGAAGUGGAGCACGCUUUUGAGAAGACUAAUCACUGAGGGCCUACCGCGAACACCGAAGUUCGCAAUCUUUCUCUGUCACUCUAAUUACGCCUUAAUUGGAGUAAAAGAGAAAUAUACCCGCAAUUUGGGAACUUCGGUGUUCGCGAUAGGUAUCCUGCUUUUGCCGUGAACAACUUCGUUCCACAAUAAAUUUGUGCCGUCUAGCAUAAUUAUAUACGUUCAUUCGAAAACCAUUCAAUUGUAGACCUUGCGUUCAUGCAGCAAGGUUCACUUUCCGUUUUCGGUUGCACGUACAGGUUAAUGCUUAGUGGCACUAUUUCGCUGCUUUUGUGUUCACAGUUCGCCGCUAGUUCAAUAUUGAGAUCUUUUUAAAUUAUUCCCUAUGUAUUAAAAAAACAUGAAGUUAGAUAUAGAUAUAAUAAAUUAAUAAAAACAUCAGCUUGAACUUUUGCCUCGUCUUUUACUUAAUUUGACUUUAGGAAACUAUCUUAUUGGGUGUAUCAUAUCGUCAUAACUUUGAAAUAACUUACUUAAAUACUUAUAAACGUUUUAGACCCCACUAAAGGUGAGCCGACGAUCUGGUUGUGGAAUCCUUAGCGGCGAGAAUUAUUUUUAUUUAAAUCCUGAUAAAAAGAGCUGAGAAUACCUAUCUCAAACGAGGCGUGGCUCACUCCGUGAUUUCAUCGCGUCUGUACAAGUACAUGCUGCCCACACAAAUUUUGGUGUCUAGCCAUAGUAGUUCCGAGUACCGCUACGAAGCGGACGCCUGCUUGCGCCACCUUGCGGUCAUAUCUGCAGUAAUAGACGCGUUUUGUUAGAGAGUGAACCUUCUGUACCUAGUACUAUUAUUUAUUUUGUGCAAAAAACGCUGAAGUGUUUUUCAGAAAUUAUGAAAAGUAGGUAUGUAAAGAACUUCGACUUGAAAAACUUGUGGUCAAAAGUUUAAUAACCUCAAUAAGUGCUGAUUAAUGUGGGUACAGGCGGCCAACAAAAAUAUAGUUUAACAGAGUGAGGUGAUUCGAAUUCAAAGACACUUAAUAACGUUCUUUGAAGCAGGUUUCUUAAUGAAAGGUUACGAAUAUCCUCAACGUCUUUUGGGCCGACUGUACCUAUUUAAUAUUGAACUAAAGGCCCGAAAACACCGGGUGCGGAUCUAUAUAAUAUAUAUAGUAGUAUACAGAUACGUAUAAGAGACGGCACACCGCUUGCGUGACAUGUGCGUGCAGGGCUCCAACAUUUUUGCGCACGCACACGUUCUACGCACGCAGCCGCAGCCGGUGUGAACACUGAACAGGCAUUUAGGCUGAAUGUAAACACAAAAGCAUAAAAACAUUUGUAUUGUAAAUUCUAGCACAUCCGAGUAGUCAUUAUGUGUAAAGUUAAAUAUUGUUGUACAGAUUUUCUAUUCCCGUAUAGUGUUGGACUUAUUUUAAGUGUAAAGGGUAUGAGACCAAGAAUUUUAUUCAAAGGAUAUAUUGUAUUAUCGCAAUUUUCGAAUUACAUUUUACACUAGGAUCAAUAAAGUAUUUCCCCUUAA